UGGAAUUGGAGUGAAAAACAAGAAAAAAUAACUAUUAAAAAUAUCGAGAAGAUUUUAACAUUUAUAUUUUUAAAAUAUAUUUUUUGUUAGCUGACAAAAUAAUUCAUUAUUAUGACAACAAAAUCGUCCUUGGAUUUAAGAGCUGAGCUAGCUGAGCUUGUUAAAAGAAAAGCAGAAAUUGCGGAUACACUAGCGAAUUUGGAGCGGCAAAUUUAUGCUUUUGAAGGAAGUUAUCUUGAAGAUACCCAAUUGUAUGGUAAUAUAAUUCGCGGAUGGGAUAGAUAUUUAGCAAGUAAUAAGAAUACAAAUAGUAAAGCGGACAAAAGAAAUAGGAAAUUCAAAGAAGCUGAGAGAUUAUUCUCCAAAUCAUCUAUUACAUCUAUGGCUGCUGUCAGUGGUUUGGUGGAGAAUACGCAAGAAAAAAUUGAACGAUACAGUGAAUCGGAGUCGCAGCUUGGAAACAGUGGAAGUGAAGAUAAUUGCAACUAUAACAAUUCUAGUACAGUAACAUCAGGUAGUAGCAAAGAUUCAAGUGGAAAAAAUCAUACUUCCGUACAAUUUGGAUACUCACAAAAUAAUGGUACUCUGAAUAAUAACACCGAUAGCAAUGUAUCGUUUUCAAACGGUCCUUUGUCAAACGGUAGUUUAGAACACAUAUCUACUCCCGCUAAAGAUGGACAUAACAAUAAUUGUAAAGAAGUUAAUAAAAAUAGGUCAUCUAAUAGUGCUAAAAAAAAUAACACAAAAAGAUCGAGAAAUAGAUAAAAAAAUUCAUGAAACAUUAUAUAUUAUUUCUUACUUUUUUCCAAGAGUUGAUACGUACGUACAAAUUUUGAUGUAUAAAUUGCAUUCUUAUUCUUUCAUCUAUUACACAUUGACAAUGAAACAUAACUAAAUUUCGGAAUAUAUAUUUAAAUCAUUUUAUAACAAAAAUAUUUAUCAUUAAUGAUAAAAUAAUAUUAAGUCAAAAAUUUCAUACUUAGAAACUUAGUUCAUUUAUC